GUACCCACGUGGGGCGGAUCACACAUGACUGGCACAGCUAGUAGCUAACAAAAUAAAAUAAGAACCUUGAUUAGCUUUCUAGCUAAUCGACCAUGGAGGACCUACCUGCAGAUAUCAAAGCUUUCCUUCUGAAUCACCCAUUUUUUGAACUUACGGACGACGGCAAAAAGAUAAAAUGCGUACUCAAUGGACAUGAUUGUCCUUGCAACCUCACAGAGCUCCAGAACUUCACCAAAGGGAAGAAAUAUCAGAAAAUGUGUUCUACUGCAGAGUUCAACUAUAGUCAAUAUGAACCACAUGUUGUGCCCAGCUCGAAGCAACCCAAUCAUCUCUUCUGCAAGUUGACGCUCAGACACAUCAAUCGCCUGCCACACCAUGUCUUACAGCAUGUCAAUGGGAAGCGGUUCCAAAAAGCAAAGAAGGAAUAUGAAGAGUGUGUGCAACAGGGGGUGGAGUACAUGCCAGCCAGCCUCCGACAGAAGAAGCCCAGAGAUAGAGAGAAAGAUGGGGAGAGGGGGCGCAACUUCCAGCGGGGGAAUGGAGCGUGGGCUCCUGACUCCAGCGAUGAGGGAGGCAGUGACUCCGAGGACAGCAUGAGUGACCUGUACCCAUCCACUUUAUUCUCUCUGAAAAAGGAGACAGAGGGUAUGGAGGAGGAAAAAGAUGCCUUUAAAACAGAUGAUGAGGAGGAGAUGGAGAUUGAUAAACAGGCGCCACAGAAACGCAAGAAGGUUCAGGCUGGUGGUUUCCAGAAGAAAUUCAAGAAUCAUAACUGUAAAAGAAAAGGUUUUAAAGACCAUGUUGAAAAUAAAGGUGAAUUCUGUGCCCAUGUUAAAAAUGGAAAAUAAAGGUGAAUGCUGUACUUCUUUAUUCGCACUUUGAA